CUCCAACAUGGGAACAUCCAUGGAAAAUUUUGCAAAUGAGGAGGAACACAUCUUUCGUAGCCAAUAUUCACCUGUUCCUAUUCCUGACAAUGUUACAUUACCAGAAUUUGUGCUUCAAAAUGCUGAAUUAUAUGCUGAUAAGGUUGCAUUUGUGGAUGCUGUCACUGGAAAAGGGAUCACUUAUAAUGAGGUGGUCAGAGACACUAAGAGGUUUUCAAAGGCAUUGAGAUCUCUUGGUAUAAGAAAAGGGAAUGUUGUGAUUGUAGUACUUCCAAAUAUACCUGAGUAUGCCAUUGUUGCUUUGGGGAUCAUGGCUUCUGGUGGUGUCUUCUCAGGGGCAAAUCCAGCAUCACAUACAUCAGAAAUUAAGAAACAGGCAGAGUCUGCUGAUGCCAAAUUAAUUGUCACAAAUAGCUCAAGCUAUGAUAAGGUGAAAGGCCUAGAAGUACCUGUUGUUGUGCUGGGAGACGAAGUUGUUGAAGGUGCCAUGAAUUGGAACAAACUGCUAGAAGCAGCAGACAGAGCAGGUGAUGAUAUGAUAAGGGAAGCUGUUAACCAGAAUGAUCUUUGUGCCAUGCCAUUCUCUUCAGGCACCACAGGGAUGUCAAAGGGUGUGAUGCUCACUCACAGAAACCUUGUAGCUAAUCUUUGCUCCACGCUUUUCGGCGUAGCGCCGGAAAUGGUGGGUAAGGUCACCAUACUAGGCCUAAUUCCCUUCUUUCACAUCUAUGGCAUCACUGGCAUAUGCUGUGCCACUCUUAGGAACAAAGGGAAAGUUGUGGUGAUGGGAAGAUUUGAGCUGAAAGCAUUUCUCAAUGCCUUGAUCACACAUGAGAUCACAUUUGCACCCAUUGUGCCUCCAAUCAUUCUCAGCUUGGUGAAAAAUCCCAUUGUAGAUGAAUUUGAUCUCAGCAAGCUUAAACUCCAGGCUGUUAUGACUGCAGCAGCACCACUUGCACCAGAACUCCUAACAAACUUUGAACACAAGUUCCCUGGUGUUCUUGUUCAAGAGGCGUAUGGACUAACUGAGCAUAGCUGCAUCACACUCACCCAUGCACAAAAAGGGUUGGGGAGUCCACAUAAAAAUUCAGUGGGGUUCAUCCUCCCAAAUUUGGAAGUCAAAUUUGUUGAUCCUGAAACUGGUAAAUCCCUCCCAAGGAACACACCAGGGGAACUCUGUGUAAGAAGCCAAUGUGUGAUGCAAGGUUACUAUAAACAGGUGGAUGAGACUGCUCAGACCAUUGACAAGAAUGGAUGGCUUCACACUGGUGACAUAGGAUUCAUAGAUGAUGAAGAGAAUGUUUUUAUUGUUGAUCGUAUCAAGGAGUUGAUUAAAUACAAAGGCUUCCAAGUUGCUCCUGCAGAGUUAGAGGCUAUUUUGCUGUCUCAUCCCUCAAUUGAAGAUGCUGCUGUUGUGUCAUUACCAGAUGAAGAGGCAGGGGAAAUCCCAGCUGCAAGUGUUGUUUUGAGCCUUGGUGCCAAAGAGAGUGAAGAGGACAUUAUGAACUAUGUUGCCUCCAAUGCUGCUAGUUACAAGAAAGUGAGAGUGGUGCACUUUGUGGAAUCCAUACCAAAAUCACCAUCUGGGAAAAUAAUGAGAAGGCUUGUCAAAGAGAAGAUGGUGGAAAAGAUGAAGACAAAUUCCACAACUAAAUCCAUCACUCUCUAAAUCAGUGGAAAAUAAUGUAACCUUUGCUUUGAUAUUUCAUGCUUCUUCAUCUAGUUAAUCUGUGUUGCACUGCUACUAAGAGAGUGAAUUUUUAUUUUAGUACAUGUUGGAAGUAAUAUCCGAGAAUAAAAUUUGGUAAUUUUAUUGUUGCCCUUGUUGUUGUGAUACUUAUUUUAAUUAUUUUUUUGUU